CGACCGAGACCUGUGCCCCAGGAAAGAGGUAGAUGAUAUGGCAGCUUUGUUAGCGGCCAGGUGGAACUCGCUUUUGUUAACACGCUUGGAUUGAGGAUCAUGAAGAUGUGGUAGUGCGAAGUCGGCGGCCGCGGAAAAGCUCUGCAAUGUUUUACGUGAUUUUCGUUUCAGUUUUGUGCGGAGCGCUUGUCACUCUGCUAUUGCAGCUUUUGCUCUUGUACCGGAGAAGCCCAGAGCCCAUCGCCAGGACAGUACAGUAUGUCAAAGCAUCGCCCGAUCCUGCAUUGAAGGAUUACCUUCAUAAUCAACAUGUCGAAUUGGGCCAGCAGCCGGACAGCGCGACAUCCGGAUCAUCCAAACAACAAGAAGCCGUGUCCCCUAGGCAGCAGGAAGCGGCUGUCCCCAGCAGUAGCCCUAAACAGCCGCCGCCUUCCCACAGCGAGCCUCCCCACAUCCCAAAGCCGGAGACUUGUAAUUUUCUCAAUGCAAUAUUUCUCUUUUUAUUCCGAGAGCUCCGGGACACUCCCGUGGUCAGACACUGGGUGAUUAAGAAGAUUAAGGUUGAGUUCGAAGAGCUGCUACAAACGAAGACUGCUGGUCGGCUUUUAGAAGGACUCAGUCUCCGGGAUAUAUCUUUGGGAAAUUCACUGCCUGUGUUCAAAACGGCGAAACUUAUGACGCCGGUGGAGGUUGACGAGGAUGGCAUGCCCGACGAGCUUAAUUUUGAAGUAGACCUGGAGUACAACGGCGGGUUUCACCUGGCCAUCGACGUAGAUCUGGUGUUUGGGAAGUCCGCAUACCUCUUCGUGAAGAUGACCCGGGUUGCGGGCCGGCUCAAGCUGCAGUUUACCCGCAUGCCGUUCACACACUGGUCCUUCUCCUUCCUGGAGGAGCCGCUUAUAGACUUCGAGGUGAAAUCGCAGUUCGAGGGUCGACCCCUGCCGCAGCUCACAUCCAUAAUCGUCAACCAGCUGAAGAGAGUCAUCAAAAAGAAACAUACUUUGCCAAAUUAUAAAAUCAGAUACAAACCGUUUUUUCCGUUCCAAGUGCAGCCUCCGCUGGCCGCAGCCUUUGAUCUAGACCUCUCUGUCCAUGACAACCACUUGGUGGAAGGCCGGCUCAGAGUCACCCUCGUGGAGUGUAGCAGGCUAUUUAUCCUGGGCUCAUAUGACCGGGAGACGUACGUGCACUGCACCUUGGAGCUCAGCAGUGAGGAGUGGAAGGAGAAGACGAGGAGCUCCAUCAAGACGACGGAGGUUAUCAAAGGCAGUUCUCAGAGUGUUGGUAUGACGUUUCGACAUGUCCCGGCCACCGAGGGUGAUGUUGUGCAUGUCAGCAUUGAGACGGUCACCCCCAACUCACCCGCUGCCUUGGCUGACCUACAGAAAGGGGACCGGCUCAUAGCUAUUGGAGGUGUUAAAGUGACAUCCUCUGUCCAAGUGCCAAAGCUCCUCAAGCAGGCUGGAGAUAAGGUACAAGUUGUCUAUGAAAGGCCCGUACGUCAUCAGAUCCCACCCAUGGGAGCCCUUCAGGAAGGUUUCGGCCAGCUGGAGGAGCCCAGUUUUCUGCCCCAGCCCGUGUAUGAAGAAGACCCGGCCCCCAUCACCGCUCUUGAUACUUCUGACAGCAAAGACAUGGACUCAGAAUUUGAGGAGCUAAUCAUGGACCCUAAGCCCAUUAUUAGUGACAUCAAGGAUGAUCUCCUUCCUGUUAACCAAAGUCCUAAAAGAACUGUGACUAAUCUUGCCACCAAGCCUCUGGGCACAAUUUCUCCCAUCUUGAACCGUAAACUGAAUUUGUCUGGUCUUCAGUUGCCACUGAAACCACAGACGAAGGAGACACUCAAAUCCUUGCCUCCUAAAAGCAGCGAAUUGCCUGAAGGACCUCAACGGCCUGCUGCCCCUCCUCCACCCCCUCCCAGUCGACCGCCAGUGCCCCCCAGGACCCACAUCAAGCUGACAUCAACCACUUCAGACACCCCGAGUGUGCAGGAUGGAGGGGAUGUGCCUUCAGAGAAACCAGAGAGGCCCAUCCCACCUGUAAACAAUGGAGACAAACAGCCCACCAAUGAGAAGGUUGCAGUCAAACUCCCAGAUCAAAAGCCAGCUGUCAGACAAAUGGAGACCAGCGAAGACCUGCCAGCUGAUUACAUUUCCCGCCGGCAAGAUGCAGCCAAAGACAAGGUCUCAGAGGCGUCUACCAGCACAAAAGACAGCCUGGAGGAUCAUCUUACCUGGGAAUCAUCAGAGACCCUGUUACGUAACCAAUCUGCAAAAUGGGCCAAGGCCUCUGUGGUUUUUGAUGUAGAAAGCAACCAUAAAUACCUUAAUGUAGCCCUUUGGUGUAAAGACCCUUUCAAACUAGGCAGUCUCUUGUGCUUGGGGCAUGUUAGUCUGAAACUGGAGCACAUCGCACUGGAGUGCCUGUCCAUAUCCUCCUUGGAGUUCCAGAGCACCUUCAGGCUGUGUCCCCCAGAACCGAGAGCUAGUGUGAGCCGCACAGCUCUGCGCAACCUCAGCACCCACAAGGGCUUCAAUGAGAAGCUGUGUUAUGGUGACGUCACCCUUAACUUCACUUACCUGAACGAUAGCGAAUCAGAAUUCUCCAGCAGCCUGGUGGAGUUUGAGCGAGAAAACAUCCAGCAGGAUGACGAUCAGUGUCAGCAGCAGCAGCAGCAGCAGCAACAGCAGCAGCCAGUGCUGCCCCGUGAGGAGCAUGGCUUCAGCUCCAUGCAGAUUGCGGAAUUCAAGCACAACUUCCAGGAUACCCAGUUCCAGAAUCCCACUUGGUGUGAAUACUGCAAGAAGAAAGUAUGGACCAAGGCAGCCUCCCAGUGCAUGAUCUGUGCCUAUGUGUGCCACAAGAAGUGCCAGGAAAAGUGUCUCAGCGAGCACCCAUUUUGCAUGGCUGCUGACCGCCGGGGCGCUGACUCUGAGGCAAAGUCCACCAUCAACAGAGCCACCACUGGCCUGACCCGCCACAUCCUUAAUACAAGCUCCCGGCUGCUGAGCCUGCGACAGGUGCCCAAAGCCAGGUUGGCAGAGCAGGUGGCCGACCCCACUGUAGAGCCAUCACCCAAGCAAACGCCCAAUACCUCGGACAAUGAGAGCAGCGACACCGAGACUUAUGCUGGGGCAAGCCCUUCCAAAAAAGCCACUUCCACAAGUGGGAGCACCACUAAGCUGGCACGCAAAGAGGGUGGCCUGGAUGAUAGCGUUUUCAUAGCUGUUAAGGAGAUUGGGCGGGACCUUUACCGGGGCCUGCCCACAGAUGAGCGCUCGCAGAAGCUGGAAUUCAUGCUGGACAAGUUACAGCAGGAGAUCGACCAGGAGCUGGAGCACAACAACUCCUUGUUGCUUGAGGAGAGGGAGACUGCUGAUCCCCGCAAGAAAGCACUCACCAGUGCGGCCCUUGCCAAGUCUGGUGAGCGGCUCCAGGCACUCACGUUACUCACGAUUCACUACCGCGCUGGCAUUGAGGACCUGGAAUCCGUCGAGAGCACCUCCCCAUCUGAGCAUCAGGGCUUCAAGGCCAAAUGUGGCUCGGAGGACACCCUUGAAGGGGCGGAAGACUUCGACACAGACACCUGCAAUCCUCUAGAUGUUCCACUGCUGGAUGACAUCACAGAGGAGCAGAUUUGUGUAGAGGCGUUGCCAUAGACAUAGAUGGGCAUGACGCUUGUAAUUAUCAAAAGAAUAUUUUAAUUUAUUAUUAUUUUUUUUUUUUGGCGUGGGGGUUUAUUUGCAGGGAUGGGGAGGUAUAGAGGGAUUAUUAACGCUGAAAUGGUUAUGGGGAUUUCCCAGUCUGACUGUACCAAUAAGCAUUACAAAGCCAAUUCAUUGUAAGAACAUGUGCGAUGCUGUCACUUGUGCGGGGCAGCCUGAGCAGAAUCCUGCAGUUAUUGGUAGGUGUAUUUAAUGUGCCGUUUCUUACAGUGUGAUUUUAUCCCCUCCGUUUUCAUAGUGUGCUUUUCGUAGCUUCUGUGUUUAUGCAACAACUUGGCACAUGUGGAAGAAUCCCAAGAUCAUAUCACUCACAUGUGUUUGGAUGGUUGUAAUCAUUCUUUUUUGCACUUUAAAUAUGGUCACUCUGUGUGUGUGUUUUUUUUUUUUAAAUCAAAAUAAAUAGUGGAGACAAGAGUUUUAUUUGUUUUUAAUGAUGAGCAACUCAUUGGAGAAUUAUACAUAUUCACUUGCUGGAGAGGUAUAGUGGGUAAUGGUUUUUGGCUUGGUUUUCUUCUGCAAAGCCUUGAGAGGGAAGUAGGAGUUGUGGAACUCAGUGUUAGUAAAUGUUUAGGUGGUUCAAUGUUUCAAGCCUCUUGCCCGAAAACACUGUAUACCAGUAACCUAUAGGGAAAGAUCAAGCAAUUAGCUGGCGCCAGGUGAAGUAUCAUUCUUUUACAAUCUGCACUUUUAAUCUGUCGUCAACAAUGUUUCCUGUCUGUAAGCACUUUAAACUUAAUGCUUUUGUUUGGUCUGCUGCUUCUCUUCUCAUCUUUGUCUUUUUUUUUUUUUUUUUUUUAAUCGGUUUCUGUGUUAACUGCUAAGGAGGGGGUGGGCAACACCAGUGGGGCCAGAUGUUUUUAUUUGUGUAAAUUAUUUAUAUUCUAGGGUGAGAAUUCAUUUUACCAUCUUUAUUAUUUUUAAUGUUCAUUUGUAUGUGUAUACGCUCUUGCUUAGUCAAACCACUAUGGAGGGGUAGAAUAUGUAAUCAAAAAUGGUAGAUUAAUAUUAACUGAUAAGAGCAAAAUAUCUCAAGUCAGAACAAAUUUCCUGCCUUCUCUACUAGUGAGCUGUUAAGUAUGUUUUUCAGUGGUAUCUUCGGGUCAGGUACAUGCCGUUCAGCCUCUUACCAGAGAUGUAAUUAUGUAUGUGACAGAAAGCUUUUGGCUCAGGCCCUUUUUCCUUAUUCAGUGGAUUAUUGAUCUGGCCAGGAGACAGAUGAUUUUGUAAGGAUCUGUGUUUGGUUGUUUGUGUUGGGAGGGCAGAAGCACAUUCCACUCAGAGCCCCAAAAUCUCAGUUCAUCUCAGCUAUAUGCAGCAGUUUGCAGCGUAAGCAAAUCUCAGUCAAGUGAAGCUCUUAAAUUCUACAAAAGCCUGGUUGAUUAGGUGGGGAAUGGGUGAGAGAUGCUGAUCCUGUCACUCAGAAAGCCAAAGUAUCCCAAGAUGAUCUGACUGUGGAUCCUGGUUGACUGUGUCACCAAGUUGAAAGUGAUCAGCAUUCCUUUGUGUCUGGGUACUAACACAGAAGGACUGGAUGUCUGAGGAUGAUGGAAUGGAGGAAGAGAUUUGUGGAGUAGACCUGCUGUCCCCUAGGUACAUUGCUGCUACAUUCUGCAAUUGUUGUAUAUUCAGAUUUUUGUGCAAUAUUUUUGUAGGAAAUGAAGAUUAAAGGUGGCACCAGAACUAAUUUGAUCUGCAAUCUCAACCCCUGGCAGCAUAAUUUUAUCAAGACAGGUCUGCUCCCAACAUGGCUGGAGCCAAAUUCAUGAGAGCCGGUUUCCCUACUGUAACUCCUGGCCUGUGAACCCAGACAUUACUCAUUCCUUUCAUGCUAUGAUGACUUAUUAACAUUAUCUGGCAUUGCUAUAUGGAGGACAGAGCAUUUUGGCAAGCAAGCUGUAACAAUAAUAACAUGGAUGGUAUACUCCAGUGCUACUGUACAUAGCCUAAAUAAAUAUCACCGCAAGUCUACAAGUGUUUCUGUUUUACCCACCACCGGAUGUAUGACUUUGAGGUCCAAGUAAUGGAAAAUGCCUUAGCUUAUAUAUACAUGCUCAACAUCCUAAUCCUGUUAUAUGUGUGUGUUAUUUUAAUUGCAUGUUUCCCUUUCAUUCAGCUCUGAAAAUAAUGAAAUUAAGCAAGACAAGCAAAUUUUAUCCUAGUGCAUGUGGAAAAAGUUGCAUUCAGCAGCAGCCAGUGUUAUGCACAGUUCAAAGUCCUGUUAGGGGAAAGAUAAUUAUGGAUAAUACAUAAUGUAUAAAAGUAAUUAGAAUGCACCCCAGAGACUGACAUCACAGUAAGAUGGCUGAUGCCAUAGGUUGAUGUAUCUGCCUUCAACUCCCAGACCUCCACAAAUAAAGAACUAGCUUAUCUGUAUUGAAAAGCUGCUG